CUGUGGUCUUAUUAUUAUUGACCAUCAUCACAUCCAUUAUCAUUCAUUAAAUAGUAUCUUCAGUCUUCACGUCUUUCCCCAUACGUGUGCUACGUACACGUAUUGCGGAUUGAAAGAUGGCAUCCUCAAUUUCUCCCCUCAGCAGCGAACCUCUCAAGGUUCGCAACACCAUGGUACAGUCUUCGCUACACCCUGAAAGUAACCAACACUCAUCUAAUAAACAGGUCUGCAUUUUGUCACCAUGUACCCGAGAUGUUUGCGUCAUCCAUGGUCGACCUAAGUCCGCUGAGCUCUCUGCCCAAACUCCCCACCGCGUUGGCGGUUACUACCCUGAGAAUCCAACGAAGUUAUGCGAGCUCGAUAACUGUGAGAUUCACCGCCCAUCAGUCACAGUCUCUUCAAUCAACUCUGCCGGAAUCAAUCGAAUCAGCCACAAUGAAGAAAUCCUCUACCUUCCUGGCAGUGAUAAGCUAGGGAUGAAGAAGGAUGUGGCUCCCGAAGAAGGCAACGCCAUCGCCUCUGAAACAUCUCACGUUCCUUCCACGCCGGACCUUUCUGGCCAGCCUUGGUGGGUCAAGAUGGGCGACAAGUUAAUCAAGCCAGCUAAAUGGUAUGUCUUGUCAGUUGUGGAGAAGAGCGAUGAUCCCUACAUUCCACCUAGCCACGACUUCGUGAGUAAAAUCUUCGCGAGCGAAGAAGAACGAUCGCUGGCUUUCGAAGCCCACCGACGCGAGACUUUCACGCGCUACGAUGAAACGCCUCCCCUGAUGCUUACUUAUGGCAUUCAAUACGCCCCCAAGCCAGGUAGUCACCUCGGCGCUACAUCUCGCAAGGUUUUCAUCACUGGCUUGGACCUCGAUAUGCCUAUGUACGACAUCUUGGCACGAGUGCGAGGAGGAAAGAUCCUCAAGGUGACUGCGGCUAACAGCCCAUGGCCUAUAGGCUACACUGUGAUCGUUGAGUUCAUCAAUGCGCAGGAUGCUAAGGCUUAUGUGGACUACAUGGAGGACAAGGCUUGUGAUGUGUUUCAUGAAGACGUCGAGAUCACUCUCUUCAAGUCCCACAGCUAUCCCAUUUCUAUGGAGAUAGAGAAUGAUCUCCGACAGAAGUUCACUCGACAGGUUGUGUACCUCGACUUCUCCGGCCAUUCUCCUGAAGAAUUCUUGCAAGACUUCGAGGCUCGAUUCAGAAAGCCGGAAGAUGUUCUCGAGGAUAUCUGGCUGGAUGAGAAUGAAGCUCUGUGGAUUCUCUUCACCAGCGUUAAGCACGCCGGUCGUUUCUACAAGCAGACUACCAGAGAGCUGGAACGAGAGCGUCCCGGCGCAUUUGACGACGAUCUGUACCGCUUUGCUCCGGACCCAUGCGACGAACCCCUUGACAAGAUGGAGGGGUCUGUGAAGUUGGCACGCGGAUCUAAUCGAAGCUUAUUGGAUGCUUGGAUUACAGGAAAGUGGGAUGAAGAAGAAGAGGAGGAAUAUGAAGAAGAAUAUGACGAGGAGGAUUAUGAAGAAGAAUAUGAAGAGGAUUAUGAUGAGGAUGAACAUGAAGAGGGCGGUGAGGUCGGCCGGGCUACUUCGCAUUCAUGGGACAUUCCUGCUAUGAUUAGUCCUCCUAGCCUGCCCAUUCCUUCUGUUCCCGGUGGUUCAUCUAAUCUGCCUAUUUCUUCGGGUCCCGGCGGUCCGUCUAGCAACCCCCCGGCUCCUUCCACCCCGGAGCAACCCCUCCACAUUUAUGGACUGGGAACUGGAAUGUGGUCUCGUCCGUGGUUUCUCGACACGCUGCGUAAGAUGGAUGAGCCCGGCUGGGAGACCUACCCCGGGGGCGACGAAUUCCAACGACAUCGAGGUCAGUCAAGACUCAUGCACCGACGCCACCGACGGGAUCCUAGCAUGGCACGCUCUUGGUACCCUUAUGUACCUCUAGGUGAACCAAAUCACGACCGAGGCUUCAACCUUACGCAGUUCUCUGAGGAACUGCACGCCAGAUCGAGUCAGGCCAGCGGAGCCGCUGCUCCUAUGAAUUCCCUCCCGACUAACGAUGGAGACCAUGCCAAGCCAUCAUCAUCAGCACCUGAGGACACAGUCCUUAAAGAUGAGGAUAAAGUAGAGGACAAGGCGGGGGAGAAGGUAGAGGAUAAGCCGACUGAUGCUAGCCUUGACGAGACUGAAGAUACUACUCCUCGAAACUCCCUCGAGGUCUCCGAUCCUAAGGCGAGUGUCUUUAAAUAUCAAGGUACCGUUACUCCAACACAAGCAGCGUCGGUGAACGACUAUGGAGAAGACGUUCCCGCGGUGGAAGAUGAGGCGAUGGAAGACGAGACGGUGCAAGAUGACACGGCGGCAGAUGACACGGCGGCAGAUGACACGGUGGAAGGUGAUCUGAUCGGAGGCGACGCGAUGGAAGACAACGCAACGGAAGACACCAUUACAGAAGACAACGCGACGAUGGCCAUGCACAUGCUUCCGCAGAAUGAUCCCGCUUUUAUCAACCCCUUGAUCCGCGAACCUGGUGAUUUCAUCUCAAAGACCGAGACCCAUCCUGCCACACCAAAGCGAGAGUCCCACUCGCAUCCCCAGGAAGAGGUGCGCACUCUUCCCGGCAGCCUCUCCGCUGUUAACGCAGCCCUGCAAGCAUGGCAACGUGGCGAGAAAUAUAAUCUGAAGGCCGUGUUCGAUGCUCAACGUGCAGAUCGCGAGAACAAGGAACGUGAGCAGAAGGAGAAGGAGAAGCGCGAACAGCAAGAGCGCGAGAAAGGUGGUAAGCAGUAAUCUGUCUGACUGACAGAUGAAUCAUACCCCUUCUCUGAAUUGAUCUCGAAUGUUUCGUCUCUGGUUUCGGCUUUCGGUACGACGGUUUAUCAUACUCUCCUCAAAUUCCCGUGGAGCACGCGUAUGCUAUCGAAUUUGAGUAACACCACCCCUUAUUGAGCUUAACUUCCGACCUAUUCUCCCGACGACGAAAGCAUAUAUGCUUCGUCAAUAAGUACUAUUACAUAACAAGUCCUGCGGUUUAUCAGCACUGGACGGAUUUUCG